GUGUUUAGGUUUUGGCGCGAGUGUUUCGAGAUGGCAGCAGAGAAAGUGAAGAGUAAAGUGUCCUCUGCUUUUAAAAUGCACGGCUUGCUCCUUCGGGCAGACGCCAGUCGAUAUCUCACUGAAGUCUUAAGGUCUGUCAAUGAAUUGGAACUUGAAGAUGCCAUUGAUAGCAUCAUCGAUGCAGUGGAAAAGCAGCCGUUGUCAUCUAAUAUGAUCGAGCUGUCGUCUGUGGAAGCAGCUGUGCAGGAAUGUGGCCGCUCCGGUGAUGAAGCCAUAGAACAUAUUUUCAAUAUUAUUGGCGCAUACGACAUACCCCGUUUCAUCUACAAUUCAGAAAGGAAGAAGUUCUUGCCCCUGAAGAUGACCAAUCAUCCACCACCCAACCUCUUUGGAAGCGGCAGAGACAAAGCAGAGCUGUUUCGCGAGAGAUACACAAUUCUACAACAGAGAACACACAGACAUGAGCUUUUUACCCCACCGGUUAUAGGUGCGCAUCCCAGUGAAGGCAGGAGCAAAUUUCAGCUCAAAACUGUAGAAACACUUUUGGGUAGUACAUCAAAAAUGGGAGAAGUGAUUGUUCUUGGCAUGAUAACCCAGCUGAAGGAGGGCAAGUUCUUUUUGGAAGACCCCACUGGAGCAGUCCAACUUGAUCUGAGCAAAGCACAGUUCCACAGUGGCCUGUAUACAGAAUCCUGUUUUGUAUUGGCAGAAGGUUGGUAUGAAGACAAAGUAUUUCAUGUCAACGCCUUUGGUUUUCCCCCCACCGAACCUGCUAGCACAACCAGGGCCUAUUACGGCAACAUUAACUUCUUUGGUGGACCGUCUGCGACAUCUGUAAAGGCUUCAGUUAAACUAAAGCAGCUAGAAGAAGAGAAUGAGGACGCCAUGUUUGUUUUUGUGUCCGAUUUAUGGCUGGAUCAGGUGGAAGUGAUUGAAAAACUUCACACUAUGUUCUCAGGCUAUUCCACAGCGCCACCAACGUGCUUCAUCUUCUGUGGAAACUUCUCUUGUGCACCGUAUGGAAAAAAUCAAAUUAAGGCCCUGAAAGAUUCCUUUAAAAACCUGGCGGAUGUUAUAUGUGAAUACCCAAACAUACACAAAAGUAGCCGAUUUGUGUUUCUCCCUGGACCUGAGGACCCUGGGCCUGGAUUCAUUUUACCCAGGCCACCUAUUGCAGACCAUAUCACAGAAGAAUUCAGGCAAAAAGUACCUUUCUCCAUUUUCACUACAAAUCCUUGCAGAAUCCAGUACUGCACACAGGAAAUUGUUGUAAUCCGUGAAGAUUUGGUAAAUAAAAUGUGCCGGAAUUGUGUUCGUUUUCCAAGCAAUAGUUUGGACAUUCCAAACCAUUUUGUCAAAACCAUCCUUUCCCAGGGACAUCUGACUCCCCUGCCACUUUUUGUCAGUCCUGUCUACUGGGCUUACGAUUACUCUCUGAGGUUGUACCCUCUUCCUGAUUUAGUCGUCGUCGCGGACAAAUAUGAUCCAUUCAGCAUUCAAAACACAGACUGCUUGACGAUAAACCCUGGAUCGUUUCCAAGAAGUGGAUUUUCUUUCAAGGUCUACUACCCCUCAAGCAAAACUGCUGAAGACAGCAAACUUCAGAAUCUUUGAAUUUCCACGUGAGAAGACAGCUGCAAAAAUUAGUUUUUUUUAAUAUAGAAAAAUAAAUUAUGACUCUUUAAAUGUAUUUUAUUCUGCUUUUGUAAUAAAUAUGUACAGGAAUAAAUAUUGUUUGUCGGUUUA